GGAGGUUCGGCGCCACCUCCCGAGGCACGAGGCAUUGAAGCAAUAAUCAUGGCAUCUUCCCUGCUACUGCGUCGCGUAUGCGUCCCUUCCUUCACGAGCCGACUCGCUACCCGAUCCCUCUCCACAACAGCCGUUCGGCGCAGCGACGACGGUAAACCAUCAUUCGGAUUCAAGCACACUCCCGCUCCUCCACGCCUCCCCAAAGAAGAACAAGAGAUAUUCGAGGAACUUCAACGCCGUUCAACGGGUGCAUUCAGUACGCCCCAGGUCAACCAGUCCCCACAGUCGGACGCCCGGCCAGAGAUCAAGGUCAACGGAAGUGGCGAGGAGCUUCACCCGGAUGCGCCGCAGGGCUUGAAGCCCGAAUUCGAGGGCGAGAAGAACCCGAAGACGGGAGAAGUUGGUGGACCUAAGAAUGAGCCUUUGCGAUGGGGAUCCGCCGGAGAUUGGAGCUAUGGAGGCCGUGUGACUGAUUUCUGAAGGCCCCAACUGCUUGAGGGCUAUGCAUAAUGCUGGCGUUGAUUCACCUCUCUGCUCUACAACGGACAGAUCGAUACGGGACACAAUGUAUAUAAAGAAGUGGCAGACUGGAUCUCGGCUAUUGGAUUGGAUUAUUGUAUGAUAUGUGUAGUGAAUGUACGAGAACGGCCGCCACUGAUUCGACAAUAAACAGAAUUCGCUCAAAUUAUUGAAACAUUGGUGAUAUAUACGGCACAAGCGGAGUAGGGAUGACUGUUACAGAGGACCACUUUUUAUUCCGACAGUCGGCCUAGGGUGGCCUUGCCGGCUCGGCUGUCGUUCACUCGCCCGAGUUCCCCACUGAUCCACGAGCCGAUUCGCGACAUUUCCUCGAGGCUGACACCCGUGUGCAUGCCCAAGCUGUGAAUGGUGUGAAUGAGGUCCUCCGUGGAAACGUUGCCAGUGGCACCCUUGGAGUACGGGCAGCCACCUAAUCCUCCGACACUGCUGUCGAAAAUCCGAACACCAUGCUCCAACCCGACUAUGGUGUUCACCAAGGCCUGUCCAUAGGUGUCAUGGAAAUGAAGUGCCAGAUCCGUGUUGGCAAUACCAGCCGCCUUGAGAGCCUGCAGAAGCUCCAUAGUCCGCGGCGCAGUACCCAUACCCGUAGUAUCGGCAACCGACACCUCGUCCGCGCCCAUCUCCAAAAGAGUCGCCGUAAUAUCAGCCACUUUGGAUGGGCUCACCUCGGGACCUUCGUAGGGGCAGCCCAGUGCCACUGAGACAUAUCCACGUACGCGAAUGCUCUUCGUCUUGGCUAGCGCAACGAUCGGUUUGAUGCGCUCCAGGGACUCGGCGAUAGUACAAUUGGUGUUGGCCUUUGAGAAGGAUUCCGUAGCGGCGGCAAAAAGGGAGAUUUCUGUCGUCGUCGCUGACUUGGAUUCUGAGCCGGGCGAGUCUGCCGGAACACCGGUUGCAUCCAUGAUCUUGACAAGGCUCUCCAGCCCCUUGAUGUUGGGAACUAGAUAAUUAUAGGCGAUUGUACUUUGGGAUUGUGGAGGUGAUGUGAGAAGUUGUUCACAGAUCUCAGCCGUACUGGC